CAUCCUUUACAUUUCCUAUGGCUGUUGCAACUGCUAUUCCAAUCUGCCGCAUUCUUUACCGGCGGUGGCGCAAGGGAUCUUGGCCUUCAGUCCAGCCUCGUCAGAUACUCUACCGUGGGACUGGCGUGGGUCUCGCCCUCGUUGGCCUUAUGAUGUUUGCUCUUAUACAGACCAAGGAUAACUACAAAUAUGUACACAGCGCCUGGCACGUCAUCAUCGCAAUCUCUCUUGUCUUCCUGCUUCCGUCCCAAAACUCGCCUGACUCGGGCCACAAAGUUCCAUACCCAACGGUACAGUUUUCAGCCUCCUCCAUGGUCAGUGAUGACGCUGAGCUGAUUGACGUUGGCUCAGCGACGGUAGAUUAUACUACAUCCUCUCCAGUCUUCCAAGUCGCUUCAGAUGUCGAUUUCCUCCUGGCAGAUAACAGUGAGGGAACGCAGUGAUUGGGCAGGCACUUGUUCGGGUUCAGGUGUAAUGUGGUGUCAAGAUAGUAGCACAGGUUUGGUGUUCUGGAAGAACUUACGAGAUUUUCAAAUUUAUGCUGCGUAGGAGUAGAAAAUUGAAAAUGAUAAUUGGAUUUUUCCUAUGAUUUCUUUUUUUUUCAUUUUUUUAUUUAUAUUUUUAUUUAUUUUAGUUCCUCCUCAUCUUCCCUGUGGAAUGUGUAUUGUGAUAAUCAAUCUUUACUCUUUGUUUACCUGAUAUCAAAGCGUUCAUUUCCCAUAUUUUCAUAAUCAUUAGCAUUUAAUCUCAUUCUUUGAAUGAUCCUUAAAGCAUCAUCAUCAUCUUAAUGCCUCUCAUUGCUCUCUAUCCUAUUGGAAUAUUUUGCAAAAUGAAGAUUAAUAUAAUCCCAAAACAAUAACACACAGUAUAAGAAAACAUUUGUUAUUUUUGUGUACUUCAUUGCACAAUUAUUUUAGCACAGAUUGCUCUGAUUGAAUCUUAAGGUAAGGAGAUUUUAAAGACUUUUUUUUACUUGCCACAUUCCAUCCAGUGCGCACACUGAAGAUGACAAUGUUCCAUCCUUGGAUCCGGAUGCUUCACCACCAUCACGUGGCCCAAAAUAUGGGUAUUGGGCUUACUUGAGCAGCCACUCUGCCGGAUUUGGGGCUUGUAUGUGAUGACAAGACUCCAUGCCUCCUCUUUCCAAUGUUAUUUUUUCUUUUUCUGCUUAAGUGUUUUUAGCUUUUUUGCCAUUUUCUAAUGUCUAUAAUUGCCAUUUGAUUUGCUUUAUCCAGAUGGUAAUAAACUGUUUUUCUUGCACAGACUCCAUAUCUAGGUCGUCCAUAUCUCAGUACAGUAAUGAUAACAAUAAGUAAUACUUUUUUAUUUGUGUUGUUUUUUAUUUAUUUAUUUGUUUUUUCUUAGCAUUCAGUUUUCUCUAAUACCUUUGCCGUCAGUCACGGUGGCCAGGAGUAAGAUCCUGAGCAUGGAAAUGGUGUCCUCCCAGGAGCUGGCACUCUUCUAGUCAUGGCUCACAGGUAGUAGAUUCCCCACUUGUUUAUCAAUGGAAAUAAUGUAAAAGCCCCUUCCUAAAUGCCUUCUGAGUCUAAUCACCCUCCCAGAGCUUUGUACACUAGUGGCGAGUCUUUCCCAUCACCCUGGUCUUCAGGUGAAAUUCUCUUGAUGAUGUCACCCGGUUCCUGCCCAGAUUUUUUCGUAAUGUGUUGGUCAUGUCAUCCGGAUCAUAGGGGUUAAGAGUUAAGAGCUGAUGACAGAGUGAAAGGCAAGAGCUCUUACCAGUCUCUUAUCUCUUGGUAGAACUUGGUAGAAAAAAUUUCUCCCUUGCCUUAACAGAAUCUCAUUGGCCAAAGAUACCCUUUAUUGAAUGCCCCUUCAUAUUGAAUGUUGUUGAUUAGCUGUUAACUUUUUUUAAUAGUUUUUUUAAUGUCACUGAACCUCAUCUGGGUGAAUCUCCAUGAGACCACCAGAAGCACGAAACAGUAUCAUCUUUCCAGGAAUAUAUUUAUUGUUUGUCGUAUUGUCCCCUUUGUUGGUUCAUAUUUAAUUCUUGGAUCUCCUUAUAAAUUCCUUAUUUGUAUAGAUUUAUUUUAUAUUUUGAAAGCUGUGUUAUUUUACACACCCAUACCCACACUUACAUUGACUCACUCUCAUACUCUUACACGCACAUGCACACAUACUACACAUAUACAUAUACAUAUCCAUAUCCAUAUACAUAUACAUAUUCAUAUAUAUACACAUACACAUACAUAUACACAUACACAUACACAUACACAUACACAUACACAUA